AUGGCCAUAAUUGAAGCAACGAAAACCAAGUUAGCUAGGAAGAUGAAAGCUAAGGGUGUGGUUUACAAGCCUGUGGAGAAUGUUAAUCUUGGCCCUGAUAGUGAUGAAUCCUAUGUACAAGCCAAUGUCAAAGCUCCUCGCAUGGCUGGAUUUCUUGCCAAAAUUUUCGCCUGGUUUCUCGAGUCGCGAAUUUUUGGAACAUUACUGCUGUACAUUUUGAAGAGAAACAAUCUAAUUCACAAGACUCAUGACUGCCUGCAACUCUCGCAGCUUGUUACAAAUGCAGAGCUGGAGGAACCACCUGUCUAUGUUCCUUUGCAUCCAUUUGAAGAGCUUAAUGAGCAAGAAGUCAAACGCAUAAAUUCUGAUCUAUCACCAUCUGAACAAGUUCAGCAGGCAAUUGAUUGUCUGCCUCUACCUUCAGAGAAGAUUGUAAAUGGAUCGAAGCCAUCUUUUCGUUACUGGACAAUAAUGGAUUAUUCGAAAGCUUAUAGCUCAGGAAAAAUAACUCCAUACAUGGUUGCAGAACAAUUAGUAGCUGCCAUCCGUGAAUCUUCCAGUCCUCCAUUGGACAUGGCAUUCUUUAUUAAUUAUGAUGCUGAAGAUAUUUUAUGGCAGGCUAAAGAAUCAACUCUUCGGUAUGAAAGAGGGGAGCCAAUAUCAACCCUAGAUGGAGUUCCAAUUGCAAUCAAGGAUGAAAUAGAUUGUAGCCCUUAUCCAACUACAGGAGGCACCAAGUGGUUGCACAAAUUUAGACGUUGUAAAGGUGAUGCCUGCUGCACUAUGCGCCUCAGAUUAUGCGGUGCUGUAAUUAUUGGAAAAACCAAUAUGCAUGAGCUUGGAGCUGGAACGAGUGGAAUAAAUCCUCACUAUGGGGCUACUAGAAAUCCACACGAUCCUGGCAGGAUAUCAGGAGGUUCUUCUAGUGGAUCAGCUGCUGUUGUAGCUGCAGGACUGUGCCCUGCUGCCCUUGGUGUUGAUGGGGGAGGAUCUGUGAGAAUGCCUGCAGCUCUUUGUGGUGUUGUUGGUUUCAAACCAACUUUCGGGCGUGUACCUCACUCUGGUGUUCUUCCUCUGAACUGGACAGUUGGGAUGGUAGGAGUAUUAGCAGGCACAAUAGAGGAUGCAUUUAUCGUUUAUGCAGCUAUAAGUGGCCCUGUUCGAUCCCAUGACACCUCAGCUAUAGCACCAUGGUUUAAUGAUUGCAGUGAUGAAAUCAGAACAUGCUGCUCUCAAGCAUUGCACCAGCUUUCUGAGAAGUAUGGAUGGAAGACUGUGGAUGUUACCAUACCAGACAUAGAGUCAAUGCGCCUCGCACAUUAUAUAACAAUUGGUUCUGAGUGCACCACUGCACUUAGUUCUUAUCUAGAAAACCUGGAUAUUGCAGAGUCAGGAUGGGAUGUAAGGGUAGGACUUUGUGUAUAUGGUGCUUUCAGUGGUGAAGAGUAUAUAAAGGCUCAGAAACUUAGGAGCCGCCAGAUGCAAUUUCACACGAAUAUAUUUAAAAAAGCAGAUGUCAUUGUUACGCCAACAGUAGGCGUAACUGCAUACCCAAUUUUGAAUGAUGCUCUACAGACUGGUGAGCUGGACUACAUAAAUGGAGCUGCACUAGUUCGGUAUCAGAUAGCAGGAAAUUUUCUGGGGUUGCCUGCAGUUUCUGUUCCGGUUGGAUAUGACAAAAAAGGGUUGCCUAUAGGCCUUCAAUUUAUCGGAAAGCCAUGGUCUGAACCAACAUUAAUCCAUAUAGCAUAUGCUAUGCAGACUCUGUGCAUCUCAGAGUACAAAAAGCCACAUGUAUUCUAUGAUUUGCUAAAGAAGGAUUAA